ACUUUAUGUUUCUCAUAGAUAAUUUAUAGUCAAUUUUAUGUUUCUCAUGUGAUAAUCCAUUCAAGACCUUAAAUACCGAUAUGUAAAGUUAUUUAUAAUUGACGGACUGAUUUGCAGUUUCUAUGAAUUCUAUAACAAACUUUUAUUCAUUUCUGCGGUUAGAGAUUCCCAUUGACACUCCUUCACAUUGAUUGAACCUCACGGCUUGCCAUCUUCUCUCGUUUGUGAGUGUGGAUUUGCAUUUUGCAUUGAUUGAUGAUUUGAUUACCUAUCGGUCUCAAACACUCUCACCCUCAUCCACUCGUGAGUUUUGGCUCCCUUCUCUUUCGUGGGUUAUUCGCUUUUUGUUGAGUUCUUUUGCGUUGGCUUUCUUUCUUUAAUAUUCUCAAACACCCCAUUUGCCCAUUUGCCCAUUUGCCCUGUCAUCUACUUGGCCUCUCUUUUGCUUCCUCAGAUACCCAUUUGGCCAUAGGCUCUUGAUCUAUAAAGGGUGGUCUGUGGUUUCUUCAAUAAUAUAUGAAUGCUGGGAAGAAAUGAUAGGGCAAUAUUAAAAGGGAAGAAAGUAGUAGAAGAUAGCAAAGAGAAGAUCUGCUGAUAAAAAGGAUUGUCUGUAUAUGGCUAUGUCUACAGAGACAGCUAUGGCUAUCAAGUCUUACCAAAAUCAGGCUGAGGCAUUAGUUAAGAAUUACUUAUUAGCAGAUCCUUUCAUUCCUUACACUUCCGUCCUUGGUGGCAUUUUUGCUUGCAAAGUGGCCUAUGAUCUCACUCAAUUAAUCAGCACUUUUUACAUCAAAACUUAUAAUGGUCUUACAAAAAUUCAACGAAUUGAGUGGAACAAUCGAGGUAUGUCUACAAUUCAUGCUGUUUUCAUCACGGCUAUGUCACUGUACUUUGUCUUCUGGUCAGAUCUCUUUUCUGACCAUCAGCAUACUGGCAUUGUUACAUUAAGAAGUUCACAAUUCUCCAUUGUUGGACUUGGGGUUUCUGUUGGGUACUUCUUUGCGGACCUUGGAAUGAUUUUUUUGUACUAUCCUACUUUGGGUGGAAAGGAGUAUGUUAUCCAUCAUUCUCUUUCUACAAUUGCAGUAGCAUAUUCUAUGUUGUCUGGAGAAAUGCAGCUUUAUACAUACAUGUGCCUGAUCUCCGAAGUGACAACUCCAGAGAUUAAUAUGAGAUGGUAUCUUGAUACAGCUGGUCAUAAGAGGUCUGCUGCGUAUCUUAUUAAUGGUCUAGCAAUCUUUCUUGCUUGGCUGAUGGCAAGAAUUCUGCUGUUUCUUUACAUGUUUCACCACAUCUACUUGCACUAUGAUCAGGUUAUCCAGAUGAGCCUCUUUGGCUGUUUUCUGGUCUUUUUGGUUCCAGCGGUACUAUUUAUCAUGAACUUGAUGUGGUUUGGGAAGAUCAUCAAGGGAUUGAAGAAAACCUUGGCAAAAAGACAGAUAGAGGGCUAAAACCAAAAGAAAAGGUGAUCAGAUGUUGGAAAUCAAAUUAUUGUAUAUGAUUUACGAGGAUCGUGCACACAUCGAUCCUUAAAUCUACAACUAGCACAUGAUGUUCCUUUCAA